AUGUCGGAGCCAGAGAUCAUUGGUGUCGCUUCCGCGGCGCUUGGGAAUUUGGAGAUGACAGUGUUCUUGAUCAAGCGAGUUUGUAACGCCAAUGAAUGUCAAAUGGCACUCGUAUCUACACUCAAAAUCCUCAAGGAUGAAAUUAAGAAGAUGGCGGCUAUCAUCACUAUCGUUCAAAAUGAGGAAGCAUUACAGACAUCAGAGGUGACGUCAGGUCUCGUGGUAUUUAAUGACAUCGGUGGCAAGUUGAAAGAAUUGCUCGAGACUUUACAAGUAGGAGAGAAGAGGACAUUUAACCGGCAACUACUUGAUGAUGAGUUCAGGCUGCUGCAUAAUAUUAUGGACCAACUCCUUCGGGCGAAACACGAUUUAGUUGGCAACAUACCGCGCAGUGAUGACACGGUGGCACUCAAUGAUGAGGAGCCCGGAUCCUUGGGGAAUGAUGCUUCUCGCCCUCCUAAUACUAGGUUCAUUCACAAUAAUGUGGCACUUGAUCAAGCUAUACAGAUCAAUGCACCCAUUGGAGAAACGGGAUGGCGAGAAGCGAAUCAACUAAUAAUUAAGGACAAUCACGCCAAAGGCAAUUGCAUAAAAAUUAACCAUGCUGUAUCCUUGGAGGUAAUCGACCCUCUGCUGGCAGCUCGAGCUGCGACAUCGGUGGGUUCUCGAUGCGAGCGCCCGCUGGUCUCGAAGCGAGGGACUCACUCCGACUAUCGUGACCACCCUAUGGCAGUAGGAGUCUUGCGUGGAUUUACCCCAGCAGAGAUAACUUACUGCAGAAGGAAUGCAUUGAUUCUCGGACAGUCAAAGAAUAUGGAAUCAUACCUAGAGUAUAAGAACCGUCUGUCUGGUCUACUUGCUUCGCCAGCUGCCACAGCCAACACCAAUUUUUACACCAUGGCACCUGCGCUGGAACUCCUCGAGAAGCCCACCGAGAAACUGCCAGUCAAGGCCGUUUCAAGCAUCGGAAAUGGAGCUUUUUCUGCUGUUAACCCCAGAUUUGAAAGCACAGAUACUCAUCAACGAGUGAUGAACGUUUUCCGAGCCUUCAUCGCUGAUGUUUGCCAGCAAUACGGCGAAGGCCAUGCUGGGUCUCCCAUGGGUAUGGCUGCUAUUGGUAUUGCCCUGUAUAAAUAUGUGAUGAGAUAUUCUCCAAAGAAUUGCGAUUACUUCAACCGGGAUCGCCUUGUUCUUUCGAAUGGCCAUGCCUGUCUAUGGCAGUACCUGUUCAUGCACCUUGUUGGCGUCAAGAGCAUGACACACGAGCAGCUAAAAACAUACCACUCAUCAAGGCUCGAUUCACUCUGUCCCGGCCACCCUGAGAUCGAGAACGAGGGUGUAGAGGUCACAACUGGACCCCUCGGUCAGGGCCUCGCCAAUGCUGUUGGACUUGCCAUGGCCACUAAGAACCUAGCCGCCACAUACAACAGACCUGAUCAUGAGCUGGUUAAUAACAUGACAUGGUGCAUGGUCGGGGACGCAUGCCUGCAGGAAGGUGUUGGACUCGAGGCGCUUUCUCUCGCUGGUCACUGGAAGCUAAAUAAUCUCUGCGUUAUAUUCGACAACAACUCAGUUACGUGUGAUGGUACUGCAGAUGUUGCUAACACCGAGAAUAUCAAUGCCAAGAUGCGGGCUACUGGUUUCAACGUGAUGGACGUGUCCAACGGUGAUUCGGACGUUGUCGCUGUUGCACGAGCCCUUGCCAGCGCUCGAUUGAGUGACAGGCCCACCUUCCUGAACAUCCGCACCACAAUUGGCUUCGGAUCGGCCAAGGCUGGAACUGCUGAUGUACAUGGAGCUGCGCUCGGAGUCGACGAAGUUGCCAACUUCAAGAGGCGGUUCAGUCUCAACCCUAACGAGCACUUCCACAUUCCCGAAGAUGUUUACGACUUUUUUGGUGAUAUCCCGAGCCGCGGUGAGGCCCACGAAGCAGCUUGGCAAGCAGCUCGGGUGAGAUAUCGCGAGGAUUACCCAGAGCUAGCAGCUGAAUUUGCGCUGCGUGUGGCAGGAAAAAUGCCCCAGGACUGGACCAAAUGUAUUCCGCGUAAGGAAGAACAGCCUACCGCGCCGACUGCUUCACGAAAGUCAGCCGGUGUUAUUACUAACGCGCUUGGAGAGAGAAUCAAUUCCUUCUUGGUUGGCACAGCGGAUCUUACUCCUUCGUGCAAUAUCGCCUACAAGAACAAAGUCGACUUUCAAUCGCCUGACCUUCGAACUGCGUGCGGUCUGAAUGGAAACUACAGCGGCCGAUACAUACACUACGGAAUCCGGGAACACGCCAUGUGCGCCAUUACCAACGGGCUUGCGGCGUUCAACAAAGGCACAUUCAUCCCCAUGACGAGCACGUACUUAGUCUUCCACCUGUAUGCCGCAGCCGCUAUACGCAUGGCCGCACUUCAAGGCCUCCAGCAGAUCCACAUCGCCACCCACGACAGCAUCGGCGUCGGCGAGAACGGACCCACGCAUCAACCCAUUGCCGUUUCUGCGCUCUGGAGAGCGAUGCCCAAUCUUCUCUUUAUCCGUCCGUGCGAUACCGAGGAAGUAGCCGGUGCCUAUAUCGCCGCUAUCCAGGCUACCGAGACGCCAACCGUCAUCUCCCUCUCCCGGCAGAGCCUGACCCAAUACCCCCAGUACUCCUCGCGCGAGGGCGCUAUGAAAGGUGGAUAUGUCUUCACUGAGACCGACAAUGACGACUUUGACGUGACUUUGAUCGGUGUCGGCUCUGAGAUGUGUUACGCAAUGCAGACCCGGGAACUACUUAUAAAGGAUUAUGAUAUCAAGGCACGGGUAUUGUCCUUCCCUUGUACUAGGCUCUUUGAACAACAGCCAUGGGAAUACAAGCAAUCAGUUCUCAAGCCACGCGCCAAAAAGCCCACAGUCGUUAUUGAGGCAUACCCGUCAAACGGAUGGGAGCGCUAUGCGGAUGCUUCGGUAUCGAUGAAUUGCUUUGGCAAAAGUCUUCCUUCCAAAGAGACCUAUGAGCAUUUCGGAUUCGCUCCGGAGAGCAUCGCACAGAAAGUCAAAGACCUGGUGGAGGAGGUUAGGCAUGAUGGUAUUGGCAUUCUCAGAGGUGACUUUAGGGACUUCAAUGGGAGUCUGCAGAUUGGGUUGAAACAUUAG